GAGAGAGAGAGAGCUUAGCAUAGCAUUUGGUGUCUCUGAUUCUCAAUUCAUUCACCACCCAAAAAGUCCUAAAGCCCCAAGAGACAGACACCUCAUCGCUUUAAAGAAACGUAUAGAUUAGAAGAGAGGGGUGUUGUCACCUCCCAUACAAAAUAAAAAAGCUAAAACUGUUCUUAUUCAUUCACUCUCUCAACCAAAACUAAGAAUUUUUAAAGGAAAAGAAAAAAAUAAUCUUAUUUUUUUCUCUCCUUUCUCUUCCUCUCUCAAAAAUCCUUUGGCAAGUUUCUCAAAGUUUUAAUCUUGAUCAACCCUUAGGAUAACAGGGUAACUUUUUUGAUCACAAACCCACUUCUUUGUUCCUUAGUUUGAUCAGAAAUUUUACUGCUUUUGGUUUAGAGGAAAAAUAAAAGAUGAAAAUUUCUGCAAUUGGGUUUGGAUUCAGAUGGGUUUUGAGGAAUUUUUGGUUUCCAUGUGAUGUAAUCUUUGUUUGUGACUUGUUUAGUCUCGAUCGGUGACGAUCAUAAUGUAGAAAUUAUAAAGUUUGUUGCUUUUUUUUAAUUAUAUUUUUGGGGUUGAUUCAUUUCCUUUUUUAGAUUUUUUUGAUCAAGUUCUAACUAUGGUUGAUUUUUUCUGAUGUUUAUACCAUCUGGGCAUGUCAAAAACUUUGUAGUUUUGUGGUCAAUUCUAUGUGAAUUUGGUUAUGGAUAACCACCGUUUUGGUUUUUGAAUCAUGGAGUUUGUUCUUGCAUGUUUGGUUAACUUUGAUCGAGUUAAACUAAUUAUUCUAGAUUGCUGUGAUGGAUUUUACCUGAAAAGAAGUUUCCUCACAUACAAAAAUUCUUUCCUUUUUUGGUGUCUUUUGAGGGGUGUGGAAUAUCCACCAUGGAAGAAUAGUAUUCUUCUCUUCAAAGUUUCCUUGUCUUGGUAUACAGAGUUUCUUACUUUUGAUCCAUAUUUUAUACCAUUUUUCGGUUCUGGGUUUCCUUAUUUGGCCAAUCUCCAUUUGUGUGGUCUCAAUUGGCUGUUAUUCCUUAGAUUGAUCGCUGAUCAAACUCAUAAACUCUUUUGUUUUUUCAUUUUUUUUAAAAUCUUUGUUUAAAUAAAACAUAUUCCAAAAGACCCAAUUCCUAGGAGCUCAACAGAGAUUGUAUCUGACAUAGUUCAUUGUGACACAAAAGCUGGACAUAAUUUGCAUUUUUUUUUUCUUUCUUUGUUAAUAUCAUUCUUUACUUGCCAUGAUAUAUUAUAAGCAUUGGUUUAUUUGUAGGUUUUGAGACCUGAAGUUUGUUGAUCAGUUACAUAGUUUCAAAGCAAUUUAGAACACCUCUCUAUUUUUGCCAAAGUUUGGGCACUGCCAAAGCUAGCAGUGCCCAUGGAUGCCACAGCGAGCGGAACCCCAACUAUACAAUAUCAUAACAUUACUGAUCAGCCAAUUACCACUAUAGUUGCCACUCCUGUACAAACCUUUGAAAGGCGGCAACGCCAUUGCUAUGGGGACUCCACCCCUGGAGAAUUCCCCUUGGCUGCCAAUCCUUCCAUUGUUCUUCAUGUUCUAACCACAUGUAAUUUGGACCCUCAAGACCUUGCAAAACUAGAGGCAACAUGUUCCUUUUUUAGGCAGCCUGCAAACUUUGCUCCUGAUUUCGAAUUAUCCUUACCGGAGCUUGCUGCCUUGGAUAUUUGUCAAAAGAGAGCUAUAUUUAAGCCAAUGAACAAUGAAGAACGUCAAGAAUUGAAGCAGAGAUGUGGGGGUUCAUGGAAACUGGUGCUGAGGUUUAUGCUAGCUGGAGAAGCAUGUUCCAGGAGGGAGAAAUCACAGGCAAUAGCAGGGCCUGGCCACAGCAUUGCUGUGACAUCAAAAGGAGCUGUUUACUCUUUUGGUUCUAACAGCUCAGGCCAGCUUGGACAUGGUUCCACUGAAGAAGAGUGGCGGCCUCGGCCAAUCAGAUCAUUGCAAGGCAUUCGAAUUAUUCAAGCAACUGCUGGCUCUGGCAGGACAAUGCUGAUUAGUGAUGCAGGCCGUGUUUACGCCUUUGGCAAGGACUCAUUCGGUGAAACAGAAUUCGGGGGUCAAGGAAUUAAAGUUGUGAAAACUCCACAGUUGGUUGAGUCUUUGAAUAACAUAUUUGUGGUGCAAGCUGCCAUUGGAAAUUUCUUCACAGCUGUAUUGUCAAGAGAAGGCAGGGUCUAUACUUUUUCUUGGGGCAGUGAUGGAAAACUUGGUCACCAAACUGAGCCAACUGAUGUGGAACCUCAUCCUUUAUUGGGGGCCUUAGAAAAUAUACCUGUUGUACAAAUUGCUGCUGGAUAUUGCUACCUUCUUGCUCUGGCUUGUCAGCCUAGUGGAAUGUCUGUAUACUCUGUUGGGUGUGGCUUGGGUGGAAAACUUGGACACGGUUCAAGGAGUGAUGAAAAGUACCCGCGACUAAUCGAACAAUUUCAGGUUCUGAAUCUUCAGCCUAUGGUAGUUGCAGCUGGUGCUUGGCAUGCUGCAGUAGUGGGUCGAGAUGGGCGGGUGUGCACUUGGGGUUGGGGCCGUUAUGGAUGCUUGGGUCAUGGGGAUGAAGAUUGUGCACAAGCUCCAAAGAUUGUGGAGUCAUUGAGCAAGAUAAAAGCAGUUCAUGUUGCCACAGGAGAUUACACAACCUUUGUGGUGUCUGAAGAUGGUGAUGUGUACUCUUUCGGUUGUGGAGAAUCAGCUAGUCUUGGACAUAAUAACAACAAUGCUGUUGCUGCUGCUGCUGCUGCUGCUGGAGCCGCCGAAGGAGAGGGACCAAGGCACACAAAUGUCUUGACCCCACAAAUUGUAACAUCACUGAAAGAAAUUAAUGAACGAGUGGUGCAGAUCAGCCUCACCAACUCCAUAUAUUGGAAUGCUCACACAUUUGCACUCACUGAAUCAGGGAAGCUCUAUGCAUUUGGAGCUGGGGACAAAGGGCAGCUAGGAAUAGAGCUCGUCGGCAACCAAACUGAAAGAGGGAAUCCAGAACGUGUUGACAUUGAUCUCAGUUAGCUAAGCAAAGCAAAAUCAUGAUCAUCAUAAUGAUCAUAAUGACAAUGCUUUUGUCUCUACUAAUUUACCAUCAUCAACCCACCACUGCAUUUGCUGUUUAGAUUUCAUGUCUAUUUGUACAUACAAAAUGAAACAAAAGAAAGAAUUGUUUUUUCUUUUUCUUUUCAAGGUUUAAGGUAAGCAGGGUACAUAGGAGGGGCCUAAACCAAGUGUUAUUUAAGAUGGCUUGUUAAUAUUAUCUUUGGGGUAAAAGAAAAAAAAAAUUGCUUAUGGUUGUUAGGCUCUUCAUGUAGUCAAAUAGUUGAUACAUUUGUUAAGGGUUCAUUUCAUAAUUUAUUUAUGUUAAACUGUUCAUAGUUAAUCUAAUUAGUUUGUUGUUUGAUAAACUUAAA